AUGUCGGCUUCUAUUCAGUCUGUCAUAAAGGCAUUCAUAGAGAAAACCGUAUCACCGGUGGAUCCUAUCACCGUAUCACCGAUGCGACGAUUCCCUGGCCUUAUUGAUUCUGAGGAAAACCGAUCUUUUGGAGGCAAAGCUUCAUCUAGAAUGGUUGAUGCAAAGAUAGCUUUGGGGAGUGAGAAUGACGUCUACUUUAGGGUUGCUGCUCCACCGUCGCGAUCAUCUCGAGCGAGUUCAUACGAUCCAUUUUCGGUCGGCGCCACACGUGCACCAAUGUCGGCGCCGUACAGGUCGGACCGGCUGCCGUACACGAGGCCCACCUACUCCGGCAUGUCUCAUUCCUACCAUGACUACUCGGCGCCGUCCAGAAUCACCAACAUCAGCAGAUAUGGCAGCACAGAGCAACUUCAUUAUAAAUCGCCAUUUACCACAAACAGCUCAUCCGGAUACGGUGGUGGCAGCUCUCUAUACAGGUCGAAUCCGAGUUUUACAAGAGCUGGAAGCGUAGGUUUUUCCAUGUCGGACGCACGACGCGAAUACACUCCCACCUCUUCGUAUUCGAGCAGUGGCAGUUUGUCGAGAUAUCGUCCAACAUUCUCCUCAGCGUCAACAUCUUCUUAUCAACCUAGAAGCAGCUUCGAUUAUCGAUCGAAAACACCUGGCUAUGAGAGGGACAGCCGAGCCGCUCAUUACGAUCGUGACACUCGAUCAAUGUCCAGAACGGAGAAGACACCAAUCAGUGAGGAUGACGAUGUGGAGAGAACAUUCCAGAAACUGUACGACAGGUAUGUGAAGGAAGACGAUUCUGACAACAAAAACAGUGAGAAGAAAAACAAUGAUAAAAACAGAGCGAAGAUCCGCGCAUUCAAAUCGCACAGCGAAGCUGAAGAGGAAGUAACAUCGGAAGAAGAACAAAGCCCUGAAGAAUUCGACAACUCAUUCGCGGAAAAACUUCGAAGUGUUCGUCGAAGGGCGGAUCCAUCCAUCACACCUCGUGGUUCAAAUAGAAAUUCACCAGAUGCGACACCAAAAUGUUCGCCAUUGAUGAUACGAAAACGGGAGGAAGGAGUACCCAUAUUGAAUAAGGAUAAGAAACCAUCAGAGAAGAAAGAUGCAGAGAAUGUGAAUAUAUGCAACAAAUCACCAGCAGAGGAGUUCCGGGAGAAACACUCAGACGUCGAUUUUAAACCCGUUGUUGUCCCUGCUGCCACUUUGAAACCAGCCACAUCAGCCAUGGACAAAUUAAUAAGACGUGACUCGCUCACCACAAUAGAUAAGAAAAAAUCGCCAACUCCUGCAUUAGAAAAUGGCAUUAGCAGAACCGAGAGGUCGAAGUCGAACUCCCCAGCGCCAUCGCGAAGUGUCAGCCCCAACCCAAUACCUACCACAGCUAAAGAUAGCCCUGUGACUAGUUUAGCUUCGGCCAAGUCAGCUAGUCCAAAGAGUCCAGCUCGAGCUUCCCCAGCUGCACCCACUAAGGAAGCCACAGCUAAAAGAUUGUCACCCGCUUUAGUUGCCACAGUCAACCAGGAAUCGACCUCCACAAGCGCGAACUCGACACCAUCCAUUGCAAAGGCAUCGUCUCCAACGCCAGCAAGAUCCACGACUCCUUCCUCCGCAAAAAAUGAAAAUGCUGCGGCGAAGAAAAGUCCAUUACAAGCUGCAGCUAGCAAAGAACCUGUGAGGGCGUCACCUGCUCCAGCAAACAAAUGCACAGACGCAAGGAAAACACCCGUGCCUACAUCCGUCAAAAAAGAAUCCACCCCUACCCUGGUUGAUCCAACAGCAACAACUGAUCCGAAAGAGUCACCACUCAGAGUCAGUGCGAAAGAGAAGGCGCCGGAUAAGGGAACGAAUAACGCUGUGGCAAGCAAGAACGAAGAGAAAACGUCUGUACCUGCGAAGGAUCCUCUUCCCAUCAUUGUCACCUCAUCCGUGGAGAACCAAGAGGACCGAAAUUCAGUGCGAGGACAGGAGCCGACAGCGGAAUUCACGAUUUCAUUGAACGGCAAGAAGAAGACCCCUCGCAGCAGAUCAUCCAGUCCAGCUCGAAAAUCGCACCGUGACCAUAAGGAAAGCACACCACAAUUCCUUACCGUAGACUCGAAAACACCUCGAAAACUUGAUUCCCAGCAACAGCACCAUAGAAUGAGACACUCAGCUAGCCCUUCGACCACAAACAUUCGUUACGAAAACGGAAAUUCGAAUGAGGACGAGGAAACAGGCAAAGGUCACCGCAAACGCCGAGAUCCAACGCGAACGUUGGAGAAUCUUAAGGAGAAACUGGAAGAAAAGAAGACUAAGUCUGGAGAGGAUGGUAAGACCAUGAAACAGAGCCAGGAUUCUACCGGCAGCGAAGACGAGCUUAAGAAUCGACUAAAACCACCUCUUCUUACGGUCACUGAUGCUUCUGCACCGUCAGAACCGACGAUGACGACAGUUCAGCUCUGGGAUGAGUCUACCGAUUGUGAUUGGACGGAGGCGGAGGACGAAGCGGACUAUGAAUCCGAUUUCGAGUACUCAGUUUCGCAGACCUUCAGCCUCAAGGAUUGCAUGCCCAUCGGUGACCUCUAUCCACUGUCGCGUUCCUCCUCCCGAUGUUCUCCUUUUGCGUCCGAUUACGACAGUGAUAGCAGCAUGCCGCUGUUUCUUCUUCCGUUGAGGCAAGAGGAGUCCCGAGGUCGUGUUGAUCGCCUUCUGGCUAAUCCACCUCCCACUUUCACUUGCUCGAUCACAUACGAUGGACAAGAGAGCUGGGAUGAAGAGAGUUUACACUCGUGCACCGAUUUUAGUGACGAAUAUUUCGGCAGACAUUCACGAUUUAGCCGACCCAGCUCGUCUGCUUUAGGCGCUUAUCUCAGUCCUACGACAUAUUCUUCAGAUGAGGACUACGACGGUUUGCAUUACCAUGACGAGGUUGACGUCGGCUGCACUCUUCGCCUGGUCGACAAGGCGGCUAUGCGAGGUGACUCCGACGAGGACUCAGAGUACUACGAUGACGAAGAGUACUCGGACGAAGAAUACUGGGACGAAGAGGAAGAGUACGAUGAGGAGUACGAUGAAGAAGAUGAGUAUGAAGAAGAAGCGGAAGACGAGGAAGAAGACGAGAUGCACAGUUUCGAGGAGAGUGCAGACGAUGAGAGUAGACGGUCUCCGUAUCCAUUAGUUGUCGCGCUACCGGCUGAGGUCGAAGAUGAUGGAAUGGAUCUGGAAGAAAUGGAGGAAGAAUUUGAAGUGGAAGCAACGUUCGAAGUCGCUGAACCAAAAAUAAUCGAAAAACCGGAGGAAAAACCCGAGAAACACCGUGAGGUCACAUACGCUAAGGAUCUACCACUCAUGACAGAAGAAGAAAGGGCCGAACAGUUGCGAAUCGAAGAAGAACAGGCAGCAAAAGCUAUUAAAAAGCGGGUCGUCAAGGAUGGCACCAGCGAGAAGGCAGGAGCGUCCAGAGUUCCACAGCACGUUGAACCAGCUGAGGAGAAUGUGGCUCUUGACGAGAGUGGUGCGCUGCCUGAGGAAGAGAUCUUUGAACUCGACGUGCAUCAGCACGAGGAUGAGACAGGCUUGCCUGAGGUAAACGUGGUCCCGACCUACGUCAGACCGUCGACGGAGAAGGUCCAAGAGGAAUCAGCCAGUCGAUUCGCUGACAAGAAGGUUCCUACUGACUUCGCUCGAAAAGCGGUCAUCCAGGCGCCAAAACUGCAGACGGCAUCCGUUCAGAAGGUGGAGACAAAAAUUGCACCUGAAAACUCACCUGUACCACCGACGUCGCAGAAGAUGGUCGAGAAGCAAUUAGGGAAACUACCUGAUGGUACUAGAACGGACGAGGAAGCUACAAAGAGUGGAACUACGAGGAAGGCGGCGAUCGGCAACGCAGCCGAGGAGGUCAAGGCGAAGGCAGAGGCAGCAAAGGAGAAGGAGACGGAGGAGGAGAAGUUGCCGAAGACAUCAGAAGACAAGAGUGGAGCACGAAAAUCCGCUCUAAACAUGACAAUCGAAGAUGCUAAGAAAAAAGUGGCAGCAGAUGAGGAAGCUGCCAAACAAAAGGCACGUCGUCUAGGCACUGUCAGUUCACUUCUUAACCGUUUCAAGACGCCAGAAGUAAAAGAAGAGCCGAUAACCUACAAGCGAUCUGCGUACCUGGAACAGAAAGAAAAAGAGCUUGAACGACCAAAAAAGAAGUACAACAUCGUCAAACCAGCGAUCAAUGACGAUUUUGACAAACAAAUGGAAGAGAUUCGAAAGCAAAUGAAAAGUGGAUCAACUCAGUUUCAAAGUCAUCUACAAGAUCUAUCCAAAGGUAUUACGAUAACAUCAGAAGAGAUGAGAAAGCGCACAGAGGACGAGAAACACAAAAUGAUUAUCGACUCUGUUAGUGGAGCGUUCGUUAAAGCCGACGAAGAAAAAGCGCGAUGGAAAGAGCGAAGAGACGCAGAAACCGAAAAAGAACUGGCGAGAAUCGAAGCGCAAAAGCCUGGCAGAAAAAAAGUUGUAGUCGAGGAAUCUAAAAAGGUGCCUGAAAAGCCAGCUGAACCGAAACGAACUGUGCGAAAGAUCACCAAGGACAAGGCAUCGGGCGAUGGUAGCGGAAAGACGGCAGCACCUGCUGCUCCAGUUCCCAGCUUCGCUGUGAUUCCUAAAGUGGCUGCCGCUCCUGCAGCUGCGAAACAGUCGAUCCAACCCUCCACAUCACCCGCAGCUCCUAAAGUACCAAACCAGGCUGCAGCUGCUGCCGCUGCUGCUGCUCCAGGUUCUGCUCCCGCAACUGCACUGAAGGAGCAACAUGUUACUGGCGCUGCUCGUGUAGCAGCUCCUCUGUCUAAGCCUACAAGUAUGGAAAAACCAAAGAUUCCAAGGAAUGACAUUGUUAUCAACGAGGACAACUAUGAUCUCUUCGAGGCUGCAACGGCUGUGGCGACACGCGGCCGAAAGAGUCUUGCGGAGAUUCGCGGUCGCAAAGAACCGACGCCAAGUAGCGCUGCUGAAACAAAAGAGGUGGCAGCAGCAACCACAAAAACUGGACCGAAAGGCGAUGGUGCAACAGCUACAAAGAUCCGAAAUGCUCUCGGUAAUGCAACGAAUAUCCGAAAAACCGAUAGCCCAUCUCCGAAGCCGGGCGACUCAGAGAAACCAGCGAAGAGGUAUGCGACUCGUCGAAAAACACAGGAGAUCGUGAACGCGUCAGCUGAGCCUAAGAUAAAGAAAAGGAAACAAAUGUACAAGAGAAACAGAUUUAUUCGUAAUCCACAUGAUAUCGAUGUGCUGUUAGGAUGGGACAAGGAAAACACUUUCGAGAAGAUGGAACAAAUGUUUAUGGUAGCUGCUAAAGAGCGAGUCAACGGCUCCACCCAUAGGAAGAGGAAGCGAGCUCCUGCGUCGAAGAUCUGGAUCAGCGACCUUACUGACAUCGACAAGAUCUACAAGGCGUCUGAGAUCAGGGAUAUCAUCGCCUCAGCUAACGAUGUAUAA